AUGAACAUCGAAUUUCUCUUGAACCCUACAGAUCUCAACCGAAGUGCAAGAUGCCGUGGACGAAGUGGUUCUUCGAACUACAGAAACUCAAGGGAUAACUCUGCAGUAGCGUUGAAAUCAACCUUCCUGCCUGAUGUUAUCAGGGAUCAGGGUUUGGAGAGGAAUGUAGUCUCUGAGACGUUUACCCCUCCAACCAACGAAAAAGUCAAGCGAGAUCUAGACUAUACCCUAGGAAACUCCUUUGAUUUUUUGGGCCAAUAUUGCCAUGCUGCAACCACACCCGCACCUAAUCCGGAUAUCCAUAUUGAAGGUUUCGGUGCUAUAAAUCUCCCGCUUAAUAGUAGUGGCACCGAAAGGCUGAGAGCGUAUUCAUCCGAAAGUUCUACUGGCGAUUUCUGGCACGUAGCGGCAGACAAAAUCAAGAUCAACAACCCCGCUUGGGAUUAUCACUUGGACAAUAUCAUUGCGAGAGAUAUUUGGCUGUCGCUCGUUCCAUACGAGCCCCGCCCCAAAUUUACAUUUUCCAAAAUGAUAAUGUAUUGGGCUGGCUCGAGCAGUUUAACGCAUCAGGAACAAAUACUUGACGAGAAUGUCUAUGCGACGCUAGACGUUAUUCUGCCUUCUGUACACAGCGGCGGGCAAAUCGAGAUUUCUCACGAAGGUGCGGUCAUAGUUUAUGAUAUUGCACCAGCGGCAACACCUUGCACAGCCGUUGUUUCAUGGCACAACGAUGCUUCGAUCAAGAUAAAACCAAUCACAUCAGGUCAUCGCCUUGUUCUGCGCUAUCUCAUGGCUCACCAGGCCUCUGGUCCUAUUCCCCGUCUUCCCCAUAUGCAAAACAGCACAAUUCAGCUCCGGCGUAUCUUGGAUCAGUGGCUGCAAAGCUCAUCGCAAGAACAACUGGAUGUCGCACAUGGAAUGUUCAUUUAUACAUUACACCAUGAUUACCGUGGUUUGCCUCUUGAAGGCUGCAUCUUGAGAGGCGAAGACGCACACAAGGUAGCUCAUCUGCGACCGGUGUGCAAUGAAUUGGGAAUCGGCCUCUAUCUAGGGAGAAUAAAAUGUCACAUUACAGGUACAUCAGAUGACCGAGAACGUGGCUAUUCAAAAGGUUACGGUCGGAGGCGAAGGACAGACUGGUGUGCUGAUGACGAAAAAUAUCCGCCAUUGGUGAAGACUACCAAGAGGGCUAUGGUACUUGAAGAGAUGACCGACCUUCGCGGAAACGCGAUGGAAGGUUUCCAGGGAAUGGAACUCAGUAAGAAUGACCUUAUGGUACGCAAACCAUUCGAUCAUUUCCAUCUUGAUACUGCGGAGUACAGUGGAUAUAAUGACACGGAACCGGGUAUUAUCAAAUAUUCGUAUCGUCGUGCUGUCCUAAUAAUGUUUGACCCUCACACAGGAUUCAAUGUAGCGUUGUCCACUGGACAACAUAUGGUCGCCGUUGCAAGGCUAGACGGUAUCAAGCAAGGGCAAGUUACCAAUAGAAAUCGGGACAACGUUCGAAAAAUUAUUAGUGCAUUACACCACAACAAACCAAGCUGGGAUGUCGUGGCUGCCAUAGCCAAGCUCACUAUCAAAUGGAACGAUCCAAAGUUGUGGGAAAGUAUCAUUUCAUCUGGUCUAAUAGAUGGCCAAGCUGGAUCUCUCGGUCAUGUCCAUUGUUCCAAGGCUUGUUCUGUCUUCUCCUUCGUUACUGUUUUGAAAAUACUACAGCGGUAUUGCCAAAAGGUUGGGUUACCAGCUAUUAAAGCUGUAGCAUCAUUUCCUUCUUUAGUUGGUCCCGAGCAUCGUAUCGUAGCUAUACGUUGGGUUAGGGAACGUAUACGCUGGUUUCUUUCUUCAGGUGCUCCUUUGUCAACAGAUGAUGUUACCUCAUUUUUUAGCAUUGGGCGAUGCAUGGGGAUCCCCUUCCUCUGUGAAGUGAUUGUCCCUGAGCUUUUGGCAAAGUGUCGUUCGCCCGUAUUUUCAAUGUCGUUGAUAGGACUGCUGCAUUGGGAACGAGUUUAUGUCUUUCCCUUCAAUCCAUCAACGCAUAUGGAAGGCAAGAAUAGGAAUAUAGUCGAGCAAAAGACAAGAUUAUUGAAGCCCCUCGUUCAAAAAAUGCUGCAGCAAGUCAUAAUGGAGUGGCACUACUCUUUUCUCGAUCUCUCUGUGUCAGAUCCGACCCUUGGUUCCUCCACAUCCGUUCUCAGUGGCAGCCAUUAUACUGUCUCUUUGUCUAACGCCGCUAAUCUUAUUUGUUUAUGCAUACUAACCCAGAAUAUAGGUUCUUGUGCUCUAAUGUUUAAGCACCUAUUGAACCGCCGCUGGGACGCCAGUGCGUCGACGAGGAGGAUGUUCGACGUUGUCUAUGCGCCGCUUAUUCCGCUGAUACGGGACACCUUACAAAAAUUCAAGAUGGAGGUGUGGUCACCUGUUUCUGCCGAAUUUUUUCGAGUACUGGUUUACUGCUACCUGCGAUUCAUACUUGGACCGAGACCUUCCGCUUCUGUGAAUAUCAAAUUAACAUGCGGAUGUGGAUGGUGCCAGCAACUCGUUCGAUUCUUUUCAAACGCGUAUUUUGAACAAGCUUUGUGCUUCGGGCGGUUGGCAGAUCACCAGCACAUACAGCAAUCCCUACAGGAAAUAAAACAGCAUGCACAGGUCGAACUGCUUCCACAAUGUGGCUGGGAAUCCCGUUUGGAUAUCAUCAAAAGACGUGCUGCGUGGAUAGAUACCCACUGGUCCGUGAAAAGGAGGCAAGCAGAAACAUUUUUGGGCCUCAUAGGCGACGAAAAUGUUAUCAAGAAACUCAUGGGCGAUGGCUUUGCGGCUGUCACGGAUGCUCUAGAUGGCAGACGCUGGAAAUUGAGCGAGGAUCCGGAGACUUUUGGAGAAGUUAUCGAACCCUCGACAGCCAGCGACUCCCAGUGGCUAGCAUCUCGCAAAGUUGAACUUACCGUACCUAUCAGACCACUGUUGAGUGGGCACUAA